GGGUUGACCCGGUUACUGUCACAAAACCCUUUUGAACUCUUUAUUAUUUUGCUGUACAAGUAAACGAGUGAGUUGUGAGUCUUGUGACAGCGUUGGUCAUUGGGUCGUUCAGUUCAGGACAAAAGGGAUUUUGUUUUCAGAGUUUGUGGCUGGGCAAGUUAAGCUAUAAACCAUGGGCAAAGCUUCAAGGGAUAAGAGGGAUAUCUAUUACCGGAAAGCAAAAGAAGAAGGUUGGCGUGCUCGAAGUGCCUUUAAACUCCUUCAGAUAGAUGAGGAAUUCAACAUUUUUGAAGGAGUGAAACGUGUUGUAGAUUUAUGUGCUGCCCCAGGUAGCUGGAGUCAGGUUUUGAGUCGUAAACUAUAUCUCCCAGCCAAGCUUGCACCUGACACAAAGGAUGAAAAUCUUCCUCUUAUUGUAGCUAUUGAUUUGCAGCCAAUGGCUCCAAUAGAAGGUGUUAUCCAGGUGCAGGGUGAUAUAACUAAUGCGCGGACUGCUGAAGUGGUCAUUAGGCAUUUUGAUGGUUGCAAGGCUGACCUGGUCGUGUGUGAUGGUGCUCCUGAUGUUACGGGGCUUCAUGACAUGGAUGAAUUUGUUCAAUCCCAACUCAUACUUGCAGGAUUAACAAUUGUUACUCAUGUACUUAAGGAAGGAGGGAAGUUUAUUGCAAAGAUAUUUAGAGGAAAAGACACAAGCCUUCUAUAUUGUCAGCUAAAAUUAUUUUUUCCUGUAGUGACUUUUGCAAAACCAAGAAGCAGCCGAAAUUCCAGCAUAGAGGCAUUUGCAGUUUGUGAAAACUAUAAGCCUCCUGAAGGAUUCAAUCCCAAAGAUCUUCAUCGCCUUCUUGAGAAGGUUGGAAGUCCCUCGGGGGUAGAUGAUACAGAUUGUCGUAGUGGGUGGUUGGAUGGCCCUAAUAAGGUGUAUAUCCCAUUUCUAGCUUGUGGGGACCUAAGUGGUUAUGAUUCUGAUCGUUCGUAUCCACUACCUAAAGUUGAUGGGGGAACAUAUCAGAGCUUGGAUCCUGUACAGCCCCCUAUUGCACCCCCUUACAAGAGAGCUCUGGAGUUAAAAAAGGCCUCCAGUCAAGGAUCCCGCGAACUUGAAAAAUUGGAUUCUUGAUCGUGCUAUGCAGUGUUCAUUCAUAAUGUCAUUUCAAACUUUGUUUUUUACUUACCAUGAUAUGAUUUGUGCAUUGACAAUUAUUAGCGUACGUGUGAACUUUACCCGUUUUCUUUUCUCUUGUCGCGUCUUUGCCUGCCUGGCGAGUCUUUUUUGUCACAAUCUUUUAAAUGAAUACAAAUUAUUUUAUAGAUAAACCAUUCAAGCUUAUAACUGUUCCCCUGGAUGAUGUUAGACUGUUUUCUUUCGACAAAAACGAGGCAAAAAGACAAGAAAAAUAAGGUGUCACUAGGAAACUGUUGUUGGGUCAAUUCUUUUGUGCUGUUUUUCAUAG